UAAUUUUUUACAAUAUUAUUUUGUAUUUUAUAUUUCUGUGAUUUACUAUAAUAUAAUAAUUCAUAAUUAAUUUUGUAAAUUUACACACUUAUUUGUGGUAGGUGUUUAACAUCUUGCCUAGUCUAUCGAUUUUUGACACGGGAUGCCAAUAAAAUUUAAUACUAAUAAACUUACAAUAUUAUUAAUUGAUAGUGUAGAUUUUUUACCUUAUGACGCCUAUAAAACAUAUUUAGUAUACCAUUUUUAGUCGCCGACACGAAUAAUAAUUGUUAUUGCACUUGAAAAUUAUUUAGGAUUUCAUCGAUGUUAUUCAACUGGACCUUUUGACACAUACAAGUUCCAGAAUUAAUUGAAAUUGGACUCAAAAAGAUCAUUGAAAAGUUUCCGUUGGUAAAUUCAAAUAUAUUGUUAAUUUGUUUUUACGAUGUCUUAUGCAAAUGCUCUAUCAAAAACUUUGACAAAAACACCCAUAGAGUUUAAAAAUUUACCAGAUGAGAAAAUAUUGUUUGUUAUGGAUUCGUAUGCAUUGUCUAAAACUGACAUUGAUUUCAGUCCUACCAAUAUAGAUCCAAUGUCUAGUGUGGCAAUAAUUCGAAGGGCAUACAGAUUUUUUGCAUUACAAAAGAAUCGGUUCCAAAAUAACUCGUUUGGUAUUUGUUUAUUAACUCCACACUCAUUUAAUCUAGUUAUGGAUUUUACAACAAAUAUUAAUGUUGUAAUCGAAAAAUUAUCAUCUAUAUUGGCUCAAAAUGAUAAACCUGAAGAAGUUGCUGCAUAUGAUUUCGGCCCUUUGUUAAAAUAUAUUGGUAAACUAAGGAAUCUUCACAAGGAUUGUAUAUUUAGAGUUAUCAUGACUUAUAACAGAGAUGACUGUUUACCGAUUAUUGAACCACUAGACAAAAAGACAUUUAAUAUUUUCUGUUCACCAACAUUUUAUUUUGAUACUGUUUAUGUAUGUGAAAAUAAUAUUGAAACAGAUGAGAUGGCUCAAAAUAUUUAUGGUAAGCUGGCUCUAUUGUGUAGUACUUGGUCUCAAAAAGUGUGCGUUCAACGUAAGCCAAUGGCAAUUAUAAAUGGAAUUACAUCACUGUUGCCUCAUCCCUAUACAAGAGAGCUUACCACAAAAUGAAAAUUGUUUUAUUAUUAAAAAUAUUUAGUUUAAACUUGUAUAAUAUAAGUAAGUGAACCAAGCCUGAUUAUUGAGUAUAAAAUGUAUUUUUUAAUUCCUUAUAUAUUUUUUUAUCUUUAUGUACUUAUUAUUGUUACCUAAUAAAAUUGUUGUGAAGAUUCCUCAAAUGGAUUUUUAAUACUAAAAUAAAUAAACAAACUUUUUAUGUAAUAAUCAAUUUACAGAUACAUCAUUAUUUAAUGUUAAUAAUUAUUUUAAACAUUUUUAAAAUAAAUAUAUUAAUUUCAAAUUAUUUGUGCUAAACGGAAACAAGCCAUUAAUAAUGUUAUAUUUGAUCGCUAUAAAUGUUCUUUAUACUAGUAAAAUACUAUAAAUCAAAUCAAAAACUUAUUGAAAUAUAAACUUGUAUAUGAAAUUUUGUUUUCAUUUCAUUCCAUUUGUCAUGGUUAUUGAGAAGAGAUAAUUGUAAAAAAAACAAUACAAGGUCAAUAAAUUGUUAGUUAUAACUUUUUAUUGUUAGUAAUAAUUGUAAUUUAUUUAUUUUUGAAACCAUUAAAGGUUAGUAUCAAAAAUAGUGAUAGCUACUGCUUCAAUCUAUAGUAACCUGUUGAAAAUGUUACAAGGGCCCAUCGCCCAUUUACGAUGAUUUGUGAAAUAAACUUAUGAUAACAUUCAUUGUUGCAUGAUUAUCAUUCAACAUCUUUCAUAGUCAAUGAAUAUUAAACUCGUUUUAUUUUUUUGUUAGUUGCAAAAAUUUUGCAGUCUUGUCAUCUUGAAUUUAUAAAUGAUCUGUAUAGUGUAUGAGCUUUUAUGAACUAAUCUGUUGCAAUUUUAUAAUAUAUUAAAUAAAUUGUAAUAGAUUUUUAUUUGUUUAUUUGGCAUUGCAUUUUAAAUCUGUUAAUUAAGGACCGGGUACUAGAAAAAUACUGAUUCAUGAUCAUUAUUGUAGUGUACGAUAAGUAUUUUAAACUAAACUAGUGUAUGGAUAAUUCUUAAUACCGACCUAUGACUAUAUUAUGGAGUAUUUUUUAAUUUGUAUUGAAUCAAUAAAACAUUUUAACAUUUUGUACAAUGAAAUUAAUAGGUAAGUAAGAUAAUAGUUAUGGUUAGUUGUUAACAUAUUUACUAGUAGCAAAACACUGUAAAAAUAUGGCAUCAGUCAACUGUGUUUAGAAUGGUAAGCUACACGUUUUAAAUUGUUAUUUGGUUGAUAGACAUUAUACAGAGUGUAUCUUAUGUCAUUGUACGCAAGGUUUUUUAACGAUUAUAGAUUAUAUGGAAUUUCAAAAAAACAUGCAAUUUUUUUAUAACAAUUUCAAUUUUUGUACCAAAAGCAAAACCAACUUUAUUUUUUCAAAUGGUAAUCACUAUAUUUUUUAAUGGAUUCUGGUAAAGAUUUUUUUUUUCUGAAAAUGUUGAUACUCAAAUCAUUAAUUUUGGUUAGCUAGUUUCUUAACUAUGGUCCUCUAAACUUGAGUAAUACUUUUAAUUGAAAUAAUUGGUAUAGGUUUAAUUUACAAAAACUAAAUAUUUUUUUCUUAUAACUAUCUUUUAUACACUUAAUUUAAUUUAAUUGGUAAUCUAAUAACAUGCUCAUAAAAAAAAAAACUUGUUGUCAAACAUAGUUCAUUAUAAUCAUCAAAAUCGGCAAAAUCAGUAUUAUUAUUGUAAUUAUUUAUUAUUAUAAUCGUAAUUAAUUAAUUACUUUACAUUUUUUUCUUCACAGCUACUUUUAUACUAAAGUAUAAAUUUGUAUUCUUUAUUAGGUGGCUAAGGUAAUGGUAGUUGACAUUAAUACGUCUCAUGUAUGGGGGUUAAAAAAAAUGUGUAAUGAAAAAAAUGCAAUGCUUCGUAGUGGUAUAAACUUGAAAUUUGAACAAAUUUAAUUGUGUAGAACUAAAAUAUUGGCUUACAUCAAUAUUUCUGUGCUCGUGUUAUAACAACUCGUACGUGAAAUGUCUUUUUACAAUUAACAAUAUUAUAUUAAGUUACGACAGCCGGACAGCUACAUCAUGAACGCAUUUUUCAUGGUGACACAGC